CAGACCAACAAAGGCAAGGAAGCGUCUAUGAGCGAAGCGCUCUCGAAGCCGAGCAUGGGCCGUCUUUAGUCCCGAGGUCGAAGCGUUCUGAGCGUUCUUCAGCGAUCUCGCUCGCAUGCAGGAGCUCUCACUGGUCGAGGGCAACCAACGGCGCGAUUUCUCCGACAUCGUUUGGCAAAUCACUGAGCGAUGCGGCUGCAAUGAAUUUGUGGUGCGAUACGACUGUGGCCACUCGCUUCGAGCGGAGGUGGUGGCACCAGCGCUGCCCAGCACCAAGGAAUACGGAACUACGGACCCAGAGCGACGACGCUACGCACAGCACUGCCUUUAUGUGCUGACGCGGAAUCCGGGAGUGACUCAGGUACAGGUCACGGUCUCGGAGGGACGCUGCCGGCACUGCCAGCGAGGGCAGCGGCAGACCUUGGUUUGUGGUCCAGUACACGUUGAUUUGAGGGAGCCUGCAUCUCCUGGCCUAGUGGCAAAGGCCCUGGGGAACAUCCCCAUGGAUGCCUUGUCGCAAGCGAAGCGCAUCGUUUUGCCCAUGACGGCGCACGCUUUUCUGGCGGCCAUCGGACAGGUUUGCAAGCUGCCGGAUGGUGCGGGAUUACCAGCUCCCUCAGGUUUAGAAGCGACCCUGGAGACGCCCUUCGCAGCCAAACCGCUGCUCAAAGAGGAGAUGCCUCAAUGGGAGCGCAAGGAGAUCGAGGAUGAGAUGGAGUCCUUCAUGCUUCGUUAUGUUUGCUGUGCCUUCAUGGUUCUCCUUUGCUUCCUGUGUGAGUUCGGCUACGUUCUCGGCAGAGAGCUGACACCACAGGAGUCCAUGGAGGAAUACAUACAAGGUGAGCUCGAGGAACAGAUGAUGACGGCACAGGCACUGAGCAAUUUGACCUCCUUGAGCAGUUUGGAGUUUCGGAUGGCGAAUUCCACCUGGACGCUGUCUGCCCUGACACUGGCGGUGCACAAGGCAUUUGGCCCUGAAGAUAUGGAGGGCAUGGAGGCCGCUGGGAGUUCGGGAGGCAUCCUAUGGUCUGCGAUACAUCCUCUUUGGGUCGCUCUUUUGCUGGUGUUGGGGCCGAUCGCCUGGAUGGAUUGCCUGUUGGCGCUCCCCCGCUCGAUGCUGGCCGGCGUCAUCGCCGGCGUCCGCGAGUUGAUCUUGCGCCCGGGCGGCUUCAUGCUAGGCAUCGCAGGGAGCACGCUGCUGUUCCUGCUGCGAUCCUUCUUUGCGCCGCCGACCCUUUUUGUCACCUCGGGGCCAACGGCCAAUCCGAUCCUGGGAGCCGGAUUCAUCUCCAUCUCCUUGGCAGCGAUCACUUCGCCUGUUCCGCUGACGUUGCUUGCACAUGACUUGUGCAGCGUCAUUGCCAACUGGGACAUCGUCAGGAGACUUCGAAGAGCAGCGGGGCACAAGGCAGUGGGUUCGAUACUGGAUCGUUUGCCAUCCCUGGGGGCUCCUCGUUCCAAAGGAUCCCGUGCCAAGAAAGACGGCGACUCGGGGAGACGCAACACACGCAGUGACUCUGGUCGAGGGGACAAGAUGCAGGCCAAAGAUGAGAAAGGCACUAUUGUGCCCUCUUGCUUCGUAUGUCUUGACAAGCCCUCCAGAUACAUCCUAGAGCCCUGUGGCCAUCGAGUGGUUUGCGGAGAUUGUGCAGCGCAGCACUCAGCAGGGUUUGAUCAAUUGAUCAACUGCAGUGGGAGAAGCUAACUUGUAAAACACAAGCUGGCAUGCAUGCAAGCUAGUUGAUUUAUGCUCAAUGCUCCACGAUCGUGGGGGCAGUCUUAGGCACCCCUUGGAACCGGGGGGUAAACAGGUGAAGCUCUUGGGCGCAGGGCUUCUGCCGGGUGUUGGAAGCGUAGUGACCCCGAAGAGCUUUGCGAGAGCUUUCACCUCCAAGUUCGAACAUGCGACCCUCGGUCCGAGCUUUCAGCUUGGGUGCCAAAGGCUUAAAAGACUGACAGUAGGCCCUACAAACUAGCAACAGAACUCUUUGAUCAUACUGAUCACCUCCUUGCACAACUCUUGAGCUAGCAGCAAACGGUCCAUGUCUGGCCAGUAGAUGAGGAAUCCUGAAUCCUCGGCCCACAUCGAACGUCAUAUAUCGAACAUCGUUGGUCCACAUGGACGGCCGAGAUGCACCCAAAAGGGAUCAGUGGAUGUCCCUUACUGGUUCCCAUUGUGUGGCACUAGUUACUAGUUGUGGCACUGUUUUGGAGACUAACUAUCAACAACCAGAAAGGCAAGGGAGGCAUACGCGGCUGAGGGAGCUAUAUUCCACCUAUACUACAUAUGGGCUCUAAUGGGCUUCUCCUUCAAGGCUGCGGCUCCCAGAAAAAGAGUUUCAUGCGGUGCAACGCUGUACAUUCAAACAGCAACUCCCUUUAACUUUGGAAUUAUCGCCCUUGAUUCUUGGGACAGCUCAUCAGUCACUUAAGUGGAUUGCUGGAGAAGCAACAGCAUUUCCCGUAGAUUGAUGGGAUUGAAACGAGUCAAGACCACGCCGCCAUCCUUGGACGAUUCUCCCGGCAUUUCUACUCCCAGCAGAACAACACCCCCCUACUGUACCUAUCUAAGGCCGCAGUUUGUUCUUCGCCAACUAUUGGGAGAGACACAUGUGUUGCCGUGAAACACAUCGACAGGUGCAGCUGGUGGAUGCUGCCACGCGAAGCCGCACGGAGGGGACUGAACGAGGAGAUCGAGGUGGUGGGAAUUGUCCUUCCUGUGGGCUGGCAAUCAAUCGUGCCAUGAGAAUCUUCAUUUGAAUGUGGAAAUGCAAAAA